AGGGACAUUGUUCUCUUCCUGUCAAUUGCAGCGAAAGGCUUUGAGCCGUAUGGCCUUUAAACCUUUUGAUAUACAGUUAUUAAUCUUCUUGCUUAGUCAUACACUUCCAUACCCCAAGGAGAAACCUCUCUUCCGGCAGAGAGGAUGAAUUUUGUCAAAUGGCCCAGAUAUCUCACUCCCGGCAAUCUCACUCGUCUUCUCAAACGCCAAAAGAACCCGCUAACAGCUCUCCAAAUCUUCAACGCGGCGAAAACACGAUUCCCCAACUAUAGGCACAACGCCCCCAUCUAUGCCACCAUGAUCACUCUCCUCGGCAGCUGCGGUCAUCUGAAGGAGAUGGGCGACGUGAUCGAGCAGAUGAAGGACGACUUUUGCGUGUCCAAGGACUCCAUGUUUGCGGAUGUCUUCAGGAUCUAUGGCAAAUUCGGAAUGUCCAACAGAGCUCUGGAGCUCUUCCGCCGGCUGAGAGAAUUCAAUUGCGUUCGGCGCGACAAAUCAUUUGCUACCCUCUUGGAGAUGAUGGUAUCGGAAGGUGAAUUGGAGAUCGCCUGCCGUCUCUAUCUCACUUCGUCGACGUUCGGGGUGGCGCCGAGCACUCGCUGUGUCAACGUGUUGAUCGGGGCUCUGUGCGCUAGAAAUCGUUCGGACCUAGCAUUGCAAAUGUUCAAGGAGAUGCCUGAGCAAUGCUGCUAUCCGGACAGGGACACGUAUUUGCUUCUCAUGAAAGGAUUAUGCAGAGAAGGAAGACUGAACGACGCCAUUCAUUUGCUUUACUCCAUGUUCCGGGGUCUGUCAACGAAAGGUUGUGGUGCUGAUGUAGUCGUGUACAGGACGCUUCUAGAAACGCUUUGUGAAGAAGGGAUGUAUCAUGAAGCGAAUGACGUUCUGGGGAAGGUGCUAAAGAAGGGGCUGAAGGCGCCAAAGGGUCGCCGGAGUGGUGUGGAUUUAACCGAGUGUGCCGGUCUUGGUGGGCUGCAAGAGGCCAAGGCGGCGAUAAAUAGUGUAUUGGUAAAGAGAGGAGCUGCUAAUGCAAGAGGUUACAGUGCCAUGAUUUGUGAUCUUCUGCAAGUGGGGAGAGUUGUGGAGGCAGACCAAUUAUUUGUCGAAAUGUCUGAUAGAGGACUGAAGCCUGCGUUGCCUGUUUACAAUGCAAAGAUUGACGAGUUGUGCCGAGAGGGGAAGUUGGUGGAAGCAGUCUGUGUUCUAGACCAAAUAGCAGGUGAUGGGAGCCUCCCUACCGUGGAAACUUAUAACAUACUAAUACGAGGGUUCUGUCAUGGAGAGAAAUCGAAGAAGGCAAUGUCCUUUCUGGAGAAGAUGGUGAAGCAGCCUGGCUGUGACCCUGAUGCAGAAAGCUAUGGAAUUUUGAUCUUGGGGUUGUGUUCUGAAGGUUUGUUUAGCGAAGCAGGCGAGGUUUUGGAAAAAAUGGUGAGAAGAGGAUUCCGCCCAAGUAAUGAAGCCUUUACUGGGCUGAUCAGAGGACUUUGCACCGAGGGAAAGAGCUAUGAUGCUGUGUACUUCUUGGAGGAAAUGAUAAACCACGUUUUGGUGGCACAGGAAAUUACACUCAGUCUGGAAAUUUUACUUCGAUCUAUUUUUGAAGGAUUCGAUCUAUUUUUGAAGGAGCGGAAGGAGUAUUUUAUCCUACCACUCCACUGGGCUAUAAAAGAUGAUUCUUUUAUCUAUUUUUUGCAUUAAACUUCGAGCCUAGGAGUCCUAGGGAAGGCCUAAUAUGAUUUGCUCAAUCUGAAGUUGUGUGUGGGAGAUGCGAGGUAAAUUUGAACAUGGGGCAGAUGUCCCUUAAAUCAGCCACAUAUCUGCCAAUAUUAGGAAACCCUUAAAUUGGCCCCUGAAUCAUUGCGGUGCAGAGCCGACACAUACUGGUAUUGACAAACAUUGGCAUGAACAGUAGAAGUUUGCUUAUUCGCAGCUUGCUUUUUAAGAAAAAAUACCAUUAGUGUUGACCCUGAUCAUUGAUAUCAGGUAAAUUCUGGAAAGGAAAAGUGAUUUCCUUGCUCUUGUUGCUAUUGUAGUAAACUGCAAAAGUAGAUACCCAUAUGGCAUGUUUUGUAAUUGACUAGAGCUAUUAUUCAGUUCUGGGAAACAAGAUAGCUUGACUUCAUGGAAAAGAAUUAAUCGUCACUUUUC